ACUCUGAUAGGUUUCCACCAUGGGAAAUAAAUUACAACCAUUAGAUCUAUUAAGUUUUAAACGAAUACUAAUGGCUGUAAUUUUUUUCCACGAAACCUGUGAACGUUUCCAGCGUAGAACUCGUCAUGAACGAAUUGUAACUCAAUUCAGUGCAGUGAUAGUUGCUACGAACUGUAUUCGCAUUUUCUAGGUUUGAAAUGAAAGUGAGGGUUGUUUGCAGGAAAAUUUACGACUACAUACGCUAUGAUCUCAAAGAAAUCUCUUUUCCCUCUUCUUUGCCAGACCCUCCUAACAUCAAAAAGCGCCGCAUAUUGACCUGGGACGAACGUAUCUGGGUUUUUAAGAGAGCUGCCAGGCUUUAUGCCGCAAGCUGGGUUCGUGACAUUGGUCCUGACCUUCGGCCUGAUGAUUAUAAGAAGGAUGAUGACAUGACUGAUGAAACAAAUGGUGAAAAGAAAACAACUAAAGGAAAAGAAUCCUCAACACUGGAGGACCUUGCUGUAGCUGCAAGAGGGGGAAUGGAGACUCUCAGACCGGCUUUGCAGCGUGUGUACAUGACCAGAGCAUCUGCAUACAGAGAUGCUCUUAAAAGUUUCAUAGAAGGGUAUCAAGAGGGUGUUCAGCACGUAAUGGAGAAGAAGGAAGAUUCCAAAACUCAAGAAGAUGCUGAUCUACCCAAAAAAUCAACUUGAACUUGCUUGUAGGAGGCAGGGUUUUAUUUUUUCUCUUGCAGACCUUUAGUCAUUUAGACUCAGGCAUGAAGAUUUGAGAAAUUAGAGACAGUCCUCUUGAUUAAAAGGUCUUAAUGUACAUUGCACUGAACAGAUAUAAUCGAAUAUUCCAAAAUGGGUGUAUUUUGGAUACUAAAUAUCCAGUGGUAGUCCUGAAUUUUGUUUUUGCAAUUUUGUUUCCAAGUUUUCAAUUUUGUGUGCUUAUUUGUGAUGUUAAAGGUUUGUUUGUUCUGCAAAUGAUAGCAAUAGCAUAUGUUGAUGCCAUGUUUCUUUAACUGCUUAGCUAAUGAUGUAUUGUCUAUUAUUAUUUAUAUUUGCCCCCUAAAAUACACAGUUUGAAUAGUUCUGACAAUAAAAGACUCUGAAAAUUUGUAUAUAUGAAUUUCCAGACAUUGGCUUAUGACAGCUAGCCUGAUAUCUAUCUUAUUUGUUCCACAUACGUGAAUUUUAACAAUUUGCAAGUAAUCACAUCAAGUAAUGAUUUCAAUCUUCUUAUAACCUGUGGUUGCCAAGCUUGGUCAUAUAUUUUGUGAAAGACUUUGGUAGAGUGGUGGAGGUGGUGGGUUUUUUUUAUUUGAUCCUCCCCAUUUCUUCUCAUGGAUGCUUAGUAAAAUAAUCACUAUGUAUUUCAUUCAUUUAAAGGUCACUGUUGCAUCUUUGUUUCGUUCACUUAGAUAUGUGAAUUCACCUGCUAAAAGAUGAUAUAAGGUGAGCUUCCUAUAUGAUUGAUUCUGGGUUGGGUACUUGGGUUGUAUGAUAUCCUUGGCUAAUUCUAUUUAGUGGAGAUAAUGUUAUCAUUUAUUCUAGGUAGAAUUACUUUGGCAUUCUAGAAGAUUUUCUUGCCAUGCAGGUGGGCUGAAUUAUCAGCUGAGGCUGUGGAGGUAGCACUUCUACCCCGGGGUGUUACAUAUAUAUUUUUUAUUGAAACAUGUAUGUGGCAGACAAAUUGGGUCAUGAGAUGCCAGGUUGAAUAGUUGUGGCUUCAUUGUGGAGAUUGAGAUGACUGAAAUGACUUGCAUAAUGUGAGAGAUAAGAUAUAAAAUUAAGGUCCCACAAAAUAUUAUUGAUUCCGUCUUUUGAGUGAUAAGCCUGCUAUAUUGGUCCAUUUCCAUAUGAAGAUUGCAUCUAUAGUAUUGAUCUGAAUUAUGGAGGAAUAGUUCUUACUAUUUCAGGUAAGAGGCAUAUGCUUAUCUUUAUUGUAACAUUAUAGGCAGGGUUUAUAUUUCCAGUCUUGCCUCAUGGCCAAAUUUGCAGGGAAUCUUUUAAAUCACAAGUUUUGGAUCAGUAGUACUAUAACAUUGAGGGGCAUUAUCUACACGAUUGACAUACAUUUUACUAUUCUGCAGUGAGAAUCAAUUUGACCGAAUGAAGCCGAUGAGCUUUCCAUUUGAGUGAAUGCAGGAAAGAGCAUUGCUCUGUGAUUUAUCUGUUUAAUUUUGUGUUUGGUAGUUCAUAUGCUGAAACGUGAGGCUCAGGUUGCUGAGAUGCAAAGCAUCUCCUAAAGGAGGCGCAGGGUGAGAUUUAUCCAUGACCUUUUGAAAGUAAUGCCAAGUGAAGUGGCAUCAAAGAUACACACCCUCAAAGUCAAAGCCUUUGAUUGGCCAUCAUGUGUAGGCCAAUGAUAAACACCACAAUCUGAGGACCCUCCCACUUGCAGAGAGCCAGUGUGAGCCACUGAGAGAGAGAUUGGACUCCUUCUCAAGCAGGAGCUCAAUGGGCCUCUUGUGUAAAUCUUUAUGGGCCCCUAAUAAUCACAUGGCACACUAUUUGAUUACUCAUAAAGGUAUUUUGCACUCCUGUC